AGGAGGAGGUCUUGCCGCCGCGCUCCUCGGCUGGAGGAACCCGGAGGCGGGGAGGCGCGGUGAAGCAGCGAGGAUGGCGGGGAGAAGGAAGGAGCUGGCUUCUGGGCGUUGCCUGGUCUGGAAGGGGGCGAGGCUUCCUGAGGAGUGGAGGCCGGCCACGUCCAGCUCGCGGGGGUGAACAGCCGCCCCGCGGUAGCGUCCUCAGGGCAUCCAGACAUGUCCGAGGUGAAGAGCAGGAAGAAGCCGGGGCCCAAGGGAGCCCCUGCAGAGCCCGUGAAGCGGAGCGAGGGCAGGAAGAGCCCCGAGGUCCGCGGCGGCUGGGCGGACCCGAGGACCGGCCUGAGCCUGCUGUCGCUGGGGACGUGCCUGGGCCUGGCCUGGUUUGUAUUUCAACAGUCAGAAAAAUUUGCAGAGGUAGAAAACCAAUACCAGUUACUGAAAAUGGAAAGCAAGGAGUUCCAAGGACUUCAAAGUGAAAUCAGUUUAAUUUCAGAAAAGCUUGAGUCUACUGAAAGUAUUCUGCAGGAAGCUACAUCAUCCAUGUCUUUGAUGACCCAGUUUGAACAGGAAGUAUUCAGUCUUCAAAGAUUCAUGCAUGACAUUCAAAAUAGUGAAGAGAUGCUCACUCAAAAGAUGCAAAAGCUUAAUGAGAAAUUCCAAAAUAUUACAGAUUUCUGGAAGAGAAGCCUAGCAGAAAUGAAUGAUAAUACAGACAUUUUCAAAUCAGAAGCAAAACAAAUACAUUCUCAAGUUACUGUCCAAAUUAACUCAGCUGAGCAAGAAAUAAAGUUACUCACUGAACGGCUAAAAGAUUUGGAAGAUAGCACACUACGAAAUAUUAGAACAGUCAAAAGACAAGAAGAAGAAGAUCUUCUGCGAGUUGAAGAGCAGCUUAGCUCUGAUACAAAAACAGUUGAGAAGUUAGAAGAGGAACAGCAUGCUCUCCUUGCCAGAGACGAAGAUCUGACUCAUAAACUUUCCAGCUAUGAACCCAGAGUUGAAGAAUGCAAGACACAUUUGCCAACAAUUGAAAGUGCUGUUCUCUCUGUUCUCAGAGUCUCUCAGGAUCUGAUAGGAAUAGAAAAGAAAAUGGAAGACCUCACUAUGCAGAUGUUUAAUAUGGAAGAUGAUAUGCUGAAAGCUGUAUCUGAAAUAAUGGAGAUGCAGAAAACCCUUGAAGGAAUUCAGUAUGAUAAUAGCCUAUUAAAGAUGCAAAAUGAACUGAAUGUUCUAAAAGGAAAAGUUCAUGAUUUUAUAGUAUAUUCCAGUACAAAAGAAAAGGGAACUUUAAAAGAAUAUAAGCUAGAAAAUAAAGGAAUUGAUGAUUUUUAAAAUCACUUCAUGUAUUCUGAUGAAUCAUUCUAUGCAUGAAUCUAUUAAUUACUUGGUUUUUGUGUUAUGUUGAUAUGCCUCACUUUACUGGAAAAAUGAGAAGUCUACACAGUGGAUUUAUCCACAUAAUCAAAGCUUACCUUUUUAAGCUGUAAACUUUACUUUAACCAUUUUAAGUAGAGUUAGUUCUACAGUAUAUAUUUCUCUACCUCUAAGGUGAUAUACUUAAUAUUUUAAAUGUUUUUCCAAUAAUUGAUGAACAUCAAUAUGAAUUUAUGAAUUUCACCUAUUAUAUUGGAUCCAAAUGUAUUGUUGUAUCUGGGAACUGUUGAAGCAUGUUUACAAUUUACUGAAUGACCCUAAUUUGCUAUUUUUCAAACCUACAUCUGUUUCUUACACCUUUUCUAUCACCUGAUCUUGCUGUCAGAUUGGCUGGUAACAUGCCUGCCUCAACCUCAGUUCUUCACUUUCCUGUGUUAAUUCACUGCAGGCUAAGAGUUCAGACAAUCAAGUCCAUAGGAAUUUUGUCUAAAAUAAAAGAUAAUGUGCCUGAGGGAAAGCCUGGGACUUUUCUGUGAAUUAAUAUGCACUUUCUGAAAAUUAUGAAACCUAGGAAAUAUUUUACUUUUUGUUAAGGUUCUAAACUGUGUUACAAGUACUUGUAAGAAUUUUUAAAUUGAGUAAACAUAUUCUUAUAUAAGGCCUUUCUUAUUACUUGUGUAUGCUACAAAGUAUGAACUUACCAAAUAUCUUUGCAUUUUUUUAAGUUUCUGUGUUUUUUAAGGUUCUUGAGUUUGCUAGAUAAAUGAUCUCCAGGUAAAUUGGUCUAGUUACAAUAAAAACAUACCAGUAAGCCUGUGGCCUAUUAUUUUAAUGGCAAUAUAAUGAUAAAGGGUGAUAAUUAUGAUGAUUAAAAGUAUGUCAUUAAGGAUUCCCCAAAUGUGUUAUUUAAAAUUAUUUAAUGUGGCCAAUUACAUUACUUAGUUGCAUAUGGUAGUUCUAUUCUUGUUUCUUUUUGCCAGAAACCAUCUCAAUUUUGUAGUACAAUUUCAGUGGAAUUAGACACAAACAAAAAGUUGAAGCAGUUGCUACAGGUAGUUGUGAUAGUUCUACUAUGUAAAUUUGCAAGUUUUUGUAAAAACCCCAAGCAAGUUCUACAUUGGAGUUAAGAAAAGGCCUAUGGUAGGCAGAUGUGAGUUAUAUAAAUAAAUAUCUGUGUUCAAUGACAAAUUUGUAUUUGUAUGCUUUUGUUUAAAUGUCAAUAAACUAGAUUAUAAAGUUAGCUAGAACAUCGUUAUUUUCAACCUCUAUACUUUUGGGAUAGAUGUGCUCUUUUCUCUGCACCCCCACCCCAGUUCUGAGUAUUGAACCCAGAGGAACUCUACCACUGAGCUUCAUCCCCAGCCUUCUUUUGAGUCAGUGUCUCACUAAAUUGCUGAGGCUAGCCUUGAACCUACAAUCAUCCUGCCUCAGGCUCCCAAGUUGCUGAUAUUAUUGGUGCACACCAUCACUCACAGCUGAUCUCUUCUCUUGGGCUCUUCACUUUUAAAUAAUUUUUUUUGCCUCUCACCAGUUUUGAUUCAACUUUAUUAUGUACUUGUACAUACCAUGGUAAGAGUUACUGAAACAAGGUGGGCACCAUGCUCUGUGAUAACACAAGGGAAAUAAACACUUCUGCAAGUAUUACAUAAAAAAUUGUGUGUGCUUGUGUGUGUGUGUGUGUGUGUGUGUGUGUGUGUUCCUUUACUGAGGUUUUCCUAUUUAAAAUAUUGCCAUUAGAGAGAUUUAGAUAGUCUUAAUUUGUCUUUGUUUCUUCUGUUCAUGUAGUUAUCACAGAUAUUUGAAAUUUCCAAAACUCCCAUUUAUCAAACAUUAAAUUUCUUUAUUAAGGAAAAUUGCCAAUAUUCAAAGUCACAUUUUUGUAUAUUUGUAAUGGAUAAUAAAUGUUAUUAUCAAUUAACUUA